AUGCCAGAUGCCUGCAAGUUCUUGUACAAGUGCUCUUCCUCUGAUCCUGCAGUGAUUUCAGUAUCUACUGAUAAGCCUUCUGGGCUGUUGCCUUCUUCCAAGCUACUUCCUUCAGAUAAGAAAUGUAGAGCCGCAGAGAGGAUUGAUAAAAAGGUUGGGAAGAUUGUUUCUGAUAUGCCUGACUCUGAGGCCUUGCCAGAUGAUAUCAAAGCAAAGCUUCAGGACGUUUUCUCGGAUUACCAGAAUUUGUUUGGUACUGCUGUGGAUGACCUUUUUCAGACCUUACAGGAUCAAGAAGCAUUUAAAUGGGAUAAAAAAGUCCAUAGCAGUUCGUCUCCACAGAUAUCUCAACAGCAGCCUACACCUCAGCGACGUCCCCUUCCAAUGUCAUUGAUUCAGCAGCAGACUGCACCAGCUGUAUUCCAUUGUGGAAGUCCUGUGAUCAGGCAACAUCCUCCACCAUUCGAUACCCAGCUGGAUGACAGUGGGAGGCAGAGUGGCUGCACCAUUAGGACAGACAGAGCUACAUCAGCACGCACACCAUCUGCCAUGAAAUGUGCGUCCUUUAGGCCUAUGAGUUCCCAACCUGGUUCCAGAGUAGUGGUACAAAAUGCUUCCAUUUCAGCCACCGUACUAAUGUCAACCUCUUCAUCAUCUGUGAGCUCUGGCUCUACAGGAGCCAUCCUGAAAGAUCAAUUAAAAACCGUGAGCAGCAUGGAACACAUCUCCAGUUCAGAGCUGGUAGAUGCCCUGGAAACUAAAGAGGAAAAGCAGAUCUCAACAUCUACAGGUUAUUUUUCCCAGCUUUCUCAAAAUACAGUUCAUGCUUCUACAAACAAGCAGCUAAUAAAUCAGAAGACUUCAUCAAAAGAAUUUUCACCUCCCACAUCUAGAGCAGCUUUGAUUCAAGAGAAGGAACUUCCACAACAGAAACUGUGGGAAAAUCGUAAAGUUCUUUAUGACAUAGCUGAAAAGCAGCAUAUAAAAUCAGAAGGGCAGACACUGCAAGCAAAAUACAACAGACGUGCUUCAAAUCCUGAAUCUGUAACAACAGUGACAUCACGAGUUAAUAAAAAAACAAUAAAGCCAUCAGGAAUUACCCAACAGCACAGAUCUUUAAAGUCAAAUGCUCCAGGACUAGAAAAUUUGCUGUCAGUGAAUCCAAGCGUCUUCCUUGGCUCCCAAAAAGAGAAAUCUGAACUGCCAGUACAGACGAAGCAAAAUGCAAUUAAAUUAGAAAGGUUGUUGCCACAAGAACAUCUGAAAGGAAAAGCAGUUGAGAUGUCAAGUUCCAGCCCAGAAAUAUUAAGGAAACAGCCAUGUGUAGGCUCUUCAGAAAUGUCCAAUAAGCAAGACAAUGUGAUGUCACAGACAGUAACUUCAACUGGAAAACAGUCUCAUGAGCUGAGCACAAAAGACAUGCAGAGGAAGGGUAAAAAGAAAUCCUUAAUAGAAACCCUUAAGCAAGAGCUAAAACUGGUGACUUUAGCGGAUGACAGUGAUUGGGACAUGGAGUCAGAGAGUAACUGACUUAACUUCACAGCAUGAACAGCUACUAUCAUGCACACCCAGCAGUAACCUCUGCUUGUUUUUCAGUGUUAUGACUGAAAAUGCUCACAAAAUCAGUUUUACAAGCAGGAAAAAAACAAACAGAAGCUGUAUUAAUAUCUUUGUAGUGAAUGCUUUAACAAAACUUUGAUGCACAGCAGUGGCAUGGUAUGGAAAAAUAAAUAAAACAUUUUUAAAAAAUAAAACAUUUGUUAAUUGGGUAAACCUUCUAGACACACAGUUGGGGCAACCAAAGAGGAGGCGUCUAUUCAAAAACUUUCUCAGAGUGAGCAAAUAGAGGCUGUGGGGAAUCAAACCCAAGACUGUGUUUGUUUAAGCAACUUGCUCAUAGUCGGCAAAUAGAGGCUGUGGGGAAUCAAACCUAGGACCAUUUCUGGUUAAGUGACUUGCACAAAAUCAGCAUACAGAGGUUAUGUGAAAUCAUACCGAGGACUGAUGUAGGACUUAGGUCUAGCAGAUAAUCUGAAACCUCUGCACCAAACUGCUCUUUCUAUAUUACCUCCACUUGUGAUUAUUUUUAGGGUUGGUGGAGAAAAAGCUCUCUCACUGAAACAAUACAUGUGGUGUCUUUCUGUGUGCCAAGGGUUUCUUAUUUUGCAAUUUUGUACAUCAUUCUUUAUAAAUGUAAUACUGGCCACUGGCCAAAACUAGACUUUGUCACAGAUGAUUUUUUUUUCCCAGUAGUGUGGCAUGUGUUUUGAAAACAUCUGUGUUAAAUGAAAGCCUUUCAACUUUUUAUGUUAUCAGUGGUCAAAAACUGUGUGCAUCACAGUAUGUUAAGAGAAACAGGGUUACAUUUCUUGAUUACUGUCAAUGUUCUUCUGCAUUGAACUGUAUAACAAAUAAAAUUACCUCCAUUACCUUCCAGCUAAAACACCAUUCCACACAGUGUACAUAGCAUUCCAAGAAAAUGUCCAAAAAGUACUAGAACACAAGUUUACCACUAACCUCUCCCCAAAACUCCAAGUGUAAUACCAUUCAUCACAGAACCCCUCAUCCCCCAACCAAGGAACUUGUUCUUAGGGUGCUUUCUAAGACCAAAAGGACUUCCUGUUUGAGUCCUGAUAAUAUGCCAUGCUGUUUGAUAACUAGACUCAAACAUGCUCUCACAAAACAUCUCCUUAAAUUGUUUAACCUAUGUUACUCUCAGGCUGUGCUCCCAAUCCUGGUAUACUGCUGUGGUGAUAUCCCCCAAAGAUGGUCCUGAACCCUGGCAAUUACAGAUGUAUAGGUUUAUAGGUACUUAGUAGGCUGUUGGUCUCUUGAUAGUCUUAAGAAUUCUAACCUUAUACUCCCAAGGAGGUUGUUGGCCUUUAUGUUUCAUGUACAAAUAACCCAGGGGCAGUUCGAACAAGGAUAUUUUGGGACAUUUACAUGUUUCUUCUGUCCAUGAGGGACAGGGGUGAGUUUGUGGUUAGCCAUCCAUUCAAAUUAAUUUGAAUUCAGGAAGUAAAGUGUAAGAAGGUUCCAUGGAAGUGGCAUUAUUUCCUGUGAUGCAAACCUAACCCUCCAACAUGUGCUAUUUAGUUUGUAAAUGAGAUUGAGAGCCCUUGAGCAGGUGUUUAUGAUACCCCUGGACUUGCGUAACGGGUCUGUUGAAGGUCUAUUUGCAAGGCAGAGGUCACUUCUCAGUAGCUUGUAUGAUACUGAAAAAAAGUGACAAGGCCUUAAGAUGGUCUGCAUAGCUUUUACGACUUAAGUCUUUGAUUUUUUUAUUGAGAAAGUAUUGUUGUUGUUCUAAUUGUGACAGGUGUUUAAUCAGCCUCAUAAGCCUUAUUUGUGAAGUCAUGUAGUGUACCACAAUUAUCAUUAAUUACUGUAUCAAGAAUUCAAUCAAGAUUAGAUCAUGUCUUUAAAUCUUCUAAACUUCUUUGAGAGAGUCACUCAAGCUGCUAACAGUGGUCAUGCUGUUCGUACAGGUUAUCUUGAUCUGCAAAGUUCAUAGGUGUUUACUAGGCUAAGGACCUUUUAAGCCUAGCCAUGCAUACCAAAUCUCUGACAAGUUUUGAUACCCUUGCUAAGUGUAAGCAUGGGCCUGUGAGAGUAAUCAUUUACAGGUUACCGGUUUCCAUUAGAACCAGGGAUGAAUUUCUGGUUUCCCAUCCAAUUGUCCAAGUUGC